AUGCCUACAUUAAAUCAAUUGAUUCGUCAUGGUAGAGAAGAAAAACGGCGCACGGACCGUACUAGAGCUUCGGAUCAAUGUCCCCAGAAGCAAGGAGUACGCCCGCGUGUUUCAACGAGAACACCGAAAAAACCUAAUUCAGCUCCACGUAAGAUAGCCAAAGUACGAUUGAGCAAUCGACAUGAUAUAUUUGCUCACAUUCCGGGCGAAGGUCAUAAUUCGCAGGAACAUUCUAUGGUCUUAAUAAGAGGAGGUAGAGUGAAAGAUUUGCCAGGUGUGAAAUCCCAUUGUAUUCGAGGAGUAAAGGAUUUGUUGGGAAUUCCGGAUCGAAGAAGAGGCAGAUCCAAAUAUGGUGCAGAAAAACCCAAAUCGAUAUGAAUGGAGGAUGCCUCUGGAACUUCUUUUUCUCAGUCAGGAGAGGUACGAAGUCACUCGCCCCUAUUCGAUAAGUAAAGGAGAGGGAACAACCACAACGUUAUGCCCUAAAAUUGAAACGGAGCCCUUCCGAAUGACCUAUAAUGGAGUCUAAUACACUAGACAAGAAAGGGAGAAACCGGGCCGACGAAAGAAUACCGCCCGUCCGAUUUCUUCGUCCGGUUUUAUUUUACUUUUUACAGAUAUUUUGUUUCUAAGUUUCCGGACUUGCCCUUCGCACGAUUCUCUCAAAAAAUGCUUGUUCCAAUCGGAACUGCAUGAAAAGUAAAAAAAAAGGUUCUCUUAUUUCUAGAGAAUUCCUGUUGUAUGGAUGAAGGAGUUCAAUUGGAAAUUCUUAAGCAUAGAUAACAUAUGGGGAUGGGAAGGUGGUUUCUUGUUUGGGAAUCUUAUCGUUAAUAUGGAUUCCCCAUAGUCUCGGUGUCUGAGGAUUUAGAGGAUCCUAUAUAUAAGCACGAUAUGAUUUCUUCAUUAUAGAUUUCGAUAUUUUUCGAUAAAAAGAUGGAUAGGAUUUCUUACUUCCACUUCCUAUAGGACAUGAGGGCUUCAAGCCUAUGCUAAGAGAGUAAGGUUCCUGUCUCGAUCCUCUUUCUUCUUUUGCUUUCCCUGCAAAACUCUUCUCGGAAAUUGAUUGCUUUAAACUAAACAAUAAAGAAAUUCUCUUCCCUUAACUUAAUAGGGGCAACUCCUACUUAAAAAAAGAUCUAUUAC